AUGGUUCUAAACAAAAUUCAUCCUACCACGUUUUUGAAAUCGAGCAAAAAUUUGCAAAAUGCAUAUCGACUGCUGUCUGGCAAAUCACCCCAAAAAGUGGCGUUCAAUUGGGAAGAUCCUUUAAAUUUAGAAUCUCAACUAAAAGAAGAAGAGAAGCUUAUUCGGGAUCAAUUCAGGAACUAUUGUCAAGAAAAGUUGAUGCCUAGAAUAGUGAAAGCCAAUCGUCAUGAAAUCUUUCACAGGGAAAUCAUGGAGGAAAUUGGAGAAAUGGGUGUUCUAGGUUGCACAAUCCAAGGAUAUGAUUGUGCAGGAGCCUCUAAUAUAGCCUAUGGAUUACUCACUAGAGAAGUUGAAAAGGUAGAUAGUGCAUACCGAUCUGCCGUUAGUGUCCAAUCAUCAUUAGCAAUGGGAGCUAUUUAUAUGUAUGGAUCUGAAGAGCAAAAGCAGCAAUAUUUACCUUUGAUGGCCAAAGGUCAGCUUAUUGGAUGUUUUGGCCUCACAGAACCAAAUUAUGGAAGUGAUAUUGGAAAUAUGGAAACUAAAGCCAAAUAUGACUCAGCAUCUAAAAUGUACACGUUAAAUGGAAGUAAGACAUGGAUUACAAAUUCGCCUGUAGCGGAUAUAUUGAUCGUGUGGGCAAGAUGUGAGGAUGGCAAAAUUCGUGGAUUUAUUAUAAACAGAAAAGAACAUGGCGAUGGUUUGAGUACACCGAAAAUUGAAGGAAAAUUCUCCCUUCGAGCAUCAAUGACUGGGAUGAUUUUAAUGGAUAAUGUAAAAGUGCCUGAAGAUCAUCUUUUGCCUAAUGUUCAAGGAAUGAGCGGACCUUUCGGGUGUUUGAAUAAUGCGCGGUACGGAAUUGCCUGGGGUGCUUUAGGGGCAGCAGAAAGUUGUUUGUCGAUUGCUAGACAAUAUACAUUGGAAAGACAUCAAUUCAAGCGUCCUCUAGCGCAAACUCAAUUAAUGCAGAAGAAAUUCGCUGAUAUGAUAACAGAUAUUUGUUUAGGCCUUAUGGGAUGUUAUCAAGUUGGUAGACUUAAAGACAAAAAUUUGCACACUCCUGAAAUGAUUUGUUUACUAAAACGCAAUAAUGCUGGAAAAGCGCUAGAUAUUGCAAGAACUGCUAGAGAUAUGCUUGGAGGCAAUGGGAUCCAGGAUGAAUACCAUAUUAUAAGACAUGUAAUGAAUCUAGAAGCUGUUAAUACUUAUGAAGGAACUCAUGAUGUCCACGCAUUGAUUCUUGGCAGAGCUAUAACUGGAUUGUCGGCGUUUUAA